GGGGGCAGAGCGGAUGGGGGCGGAAGUGACGGCGGUGGCGGUGCGCGGCCGGUGAAGGGGAGGAGGCUGUCUGCGUACGGAUAAAUGAGCUGCCAUGGAUAACAAAGACUCAGAAGCUGAGAUCCACCCUCUGAAGACUGAAGAUGCAAAAGCUCAAGAGAACCACGAGAACUCUGUGGAGAGAAGAAUUAUCAUCAAGCAGUCACCGCGGCUGUCCCGGCUCUCGCGGUGGCGCACGGCAGCCUUCUUCGUCUCCUUGUUCCUGUGUCUGAUAAUUGUGUUUGCUUUCUCCUUCGUCAUUCCUUGCCCAGAGAGGCCAGUUUCAGAAAGAACCUGGUUCCGGAACUACGACAAUGCAGUGGCCUACCAGUUUCUUGCUAUAGAAGAUGUGGAUGAAGACAAAGUGCAAGACGUCAUCUUCGCCUUCAAAGCUGGCAAUGGCAGUGGCAGCUUUAACAGAUCCUGUCUGGAGGAAGGUCUGCCUUCUCCUUGUGCCUUCCUGGCUGCUGUGUCUGGCACAAAUGGCAGAGUGCUGUGGGAGAGGCCUGCUGCUGAGGACAUGGAGUGGCUGCAGUGUGGCGUUCAGCAGCUCAGUGGGGCCCUGGCUUGCCUGGUGGUGGGGAAGCCAGCAUCUCUCACGGCUGUCAGUUUGCAGACAGGGGAAGUUCAGUGGAGGCAGUCCAGUGACUUUGGAGCUAAUUACACUGUGCUGACUCCUGUGUCAGUGAUUCCAGAUGUGGAUAGUGAUGGAGUCCAGGACCUGAUCAUCUUUAUUGCUACAGGAGAUAAGAUUAAGACCUUCAUCCAUUCAGGAAAAACUGGCAAACAGAUUGGCUCCCCUGGCAGCCUGGAUGUGGAUGGGCAAGCUCGCUAUGUUAGGCUGGACUUGGCCUCCUCCUCAUACUUCCUUUUCUAUACAGAUAACUCUCUGUAUGCAUAUUCCCUGAAAGAUCUCCACAGUGCAGCAACUGGGAUGGAAAUGAAGCUUCCUGGCCUCGAGCAAGAUCCUCAGUGGGAGAAGAACAUUGACCAUGCCACACACCGCUUCUCGCUUCUCAGCUCUGCAGACAUUCGUUACCUGGCAAAGAUCCCUGGGCAGUCACAGGAGAACAUCUUGGUUGUGAGCUCGGAGAUGGCCACGCUGAUCAGCACACGCAGCCUCCAGAACGUGUGGACCCUCAACGUGUCCCGUGUCAUGAGGGAGCCGCUGCUUGGUUACUUCAAACCUGAUGUUCUUUGUAUUGUCCUUGAGAGUGAAAUCGGCCCCAACAGGAAGAAGGUUAUGAUUGUUGAGAGUGGAUCUGGUGCAGUCCAGUGGGACCUGAAGAUGAACUCGAGAGCAGAGAGCCCUGGGCCAGCCACACUGUCUACUGCUGAUCACCGCUCUGCCUUCCUCAUCUGGGGUGAAUACCAGGCACCAGGGAACGAAACGGCAUCCAGAGCUCCGCUCCAGAAGCUGUAUCUUUUCCAUCCUUCCUACACGAACGUGCUGUUGGAGCUCCGCAACAGCACAGACCAAGUGAUUUCAUUCGAUGCUGCUCUCUUUGAGCGGAGCCGCCACGCCUGCUACGUGCUGCUGCGGGGCCCUCGGCCCAGUGAGGAGCCCGGGCCUGUGUCGCUGAUGAAGCGGAAGCUGAAGGAAGACGUCUCUGAGAGCAGGGUGAUCUGGCUGAGCCAGGUGGCCGUGGACAGUGAGCAGCACGUCCGGGACCGCCUCUACAGGAUGCGAUUCCAAAGCCGAGCCUGAGCCUGUCAAUGGAUGGGCAGAGGCUACUCCAGGCUGGGCAUCUCCAGGCUGCCUCUCCCCUGCCAGCCCAGCUCAUGGAGUCAAGUGAAAAGCUGCCUUUCUCCAUCCACAAACCAAAGCAUGGCUGUCAGGGAAACACUUCCAUUGUCUGGGGAUGCCCAGACCAUGGGGGGCAGCUGCCAGCACAUCCAUCCUCAGAUCUGAUGGGACUUCAGUGCUUGCCCACCACUGAAGUGUCAUCAGCUCGGGGAGGAGGGCUUCCCUCUCCAUCCUCCUGUGCCCGCAGAGCUGUGCUGGCUCAGCUGGUGGCUGCAGCAGAGGACUUGCUUUCUGGGGAUGCUGGAGAUGGUGAUUUCUUGGGUGCUUGUGCGAGAAGUGGAGCUUGGGUGUGUGACAUUAGAUUUCCUUCCUGAGUCAGCUCUCCUGGCAGUGAGUGGAUCUGCAGUUGCUCUCCUCCUGGGUUUGGGCCCCUGCUUUUGCAGUUGUGGAAGGAGGUGUAGUGGUAGACCUCAGCCAUGGCAGAGGUGAUGUGGCUGCAGGUCACCCGGGCCAGCAGAGUGCAAGUUGAAGUGUCAGCCUACUUAAAAAAUGGGGUUUCCUUCUCAGAACAGCCCCAUGUGCCCUGCCUAGCAGUCACCAGGUCACCAGCCUACCUGUGUCUGUCUCUGCUGCUCUUUCAGCCAGGCUGUGCAGCAUUGGUGACACAGAAUGGGAGUUGGUCUCCCACCUGAGUUAACAUCAAUGCUCCCUGCCCCAAAUCUGAUUGUGGGUGAUCUAUAAACCACCCUGAAUCUGAGGCUGGCUUUCCCCUGCUGGUACAGACACCACCUCUCCUGCUGGUUUUGAGGUGCUGAAGGGUCUGGAACAUAUUUUCAGAGUAGAAUUGCACUUUAACCUUUCCUGUGAGCUGGGCUUGCUGCUCUGAGAAGCUCUGUACCUGAGUGGCAGUGCCAGCUGCUCUGCAAACAUUCAUCCAGCCUUGCAGCUGCCCAGGAGCCUUCCCCAAGUGUUGUGCCCUCUGCCAGGAAGUGGGCAGGCUGCAAGAUGGAUAUGAACUGUGCAGGGAAACCACAUAAGCCCUCUUUGCACACAAAAGUGGUGCUGGGUGAGGGUCUGCAGGAGCUGUUCUGUCCAGCCUGGUAGCCUGAGAGAAUUAGCCAGGCGGCUUGGGUGAGAAUGAUAUUUCCCCUGGGCACUUUGGCAGCAUAGCAUGUUUGUUGUGCCCUUUUCCUUGCUGGGCACCAGUGUGGGCUGUAGAAAUAAGGUAGAAAGCCUGGAAAAUGGUUUAAAUCAGCUACUCAGUCCUGAAGGCUGCAGUGCCCACAACAGUCACACUGGGACAGGAGCCCUGGCCCUGCGCUGCUGGGCUGUACUUCCUCCCACUCCUAACUGGUGGGCAGAAGAGACACAACCUCAGAAUAACCUCUCCCAGGAUUGGCAGUGCUGGAGAGGGGGCUUGGUCAGUGCCUCCUUCCCUUACCUAGUCUCAGCUCGUGUGUGUGUGAAAAUACUGUAGGAUGAGGAACUUGUGCCAGGUUGUGUACAUCUGGGCAUCAAUUUGUGUAAGCAUCACUCCUUGUGCAAACUGCUGAGCUUUCACCUGCAGCAGGGUGGCUCCUGGCUCAGGCAGCUGAUGUCACCUAGGGACGUGUCCACAGCUUCAGCUCUGCCACUUGUGCAGCAAAAUGUGCUGCAGCAUCAGUUGCCUGGACCCUUACCUCCUGCUUCCAACUAGCCUGGCUGUGACCCAGAGGGUGUCCUGGCACCUUCUGCCCUGUGAUCUGUAGCUCAGUGAAAGGAGCUGUGUGGGAUGAGUGCUGCUGGAAGAGCUGAGUCCUGGUGCAUCCAGGCUGUUCAUGAAGCUGGGGAUUCUCCCUGGAGAGUGCUCCACAAACUCCAAAGCACCCUGAACUCAAAAUACUGGGUAUUCCCCUCUGUUCCUUUCCUUCCAGGCUGAUUCCUGGGGGACCUGGGGGCGCAAGGAGGCUCUUGUGCUGUGUCCUCUGGUUCAAGUCACUUGACUCCGCUGCAGACUGGGCUGUGAGGGCCAGAUUCAGCCUGCCCUUCGCCUGCUGGGGCAGAACAGAGAGCUGGGCAAUGGGAGCCCCAGCUUUCGGUGCCAAUCUGAGUCGAGCAUUGGUGUGGAUUCUAUCCCACCAAGCUUUCCCUGGCAGGGAGCAAGGUGCCCAGGCUGUGUGCCCUCACCGUGAUCACACUGUCUCGGCACUCUGCAUCUUCCAUUCCCCACCCAGACCUGGCCUUUGGGCAGGCUGACUGUUCCUUCAGGAGAGCUGGAUCUUUGGCUUUGGGGGCGCUUUUCUGGCUUUGACUUGUCCAUUCGUGUUUCCAGAGACUUUGGAAACAGAUUUCCCUGUGGCAGCUCAAUUAAACGCAUCAGUGCCAAACCAGCACCUUCCUAACAAAACAAGUCCUUUUCCCAGCUUCUUUCUCUCUGACAUUUGUUUGUUUGGGUUAUUUUUUUUGCUGUAUUUAAUGAAUGACUUUGUGCCUUGAUUCAAUAACUCAGAUGGGUGAUGAUGGCAUCUAUCACUGUGUCACGUGUUAGUGUGGUUUUUAACACUAAGACUGUUUGGUUUGGGUCUUUAACUUAUUGCAAAUUGUGCCCUGUAGGACUUGGUCUAACUGGGAUGGUUCCAAUAAAUCCUCUUUUGCAUUGUUUGUAAA